AUGUGGAAUGGGGCUCGCAGUCAGCAGGCGAGCAUCGAGAGGCGCCGCAACAACGAGAAAGAAAGAAAAGCCCGAAUUUUUAACGACAAGGUAAGAACCAUCGGGAUUGACAAGGAAGGCCUUGACAAACAGCUGGAGGAGAGAAAGCGAGAGAAAGAUGCGGAAAAACUAGAACAAGAUACCUUUGAUGCCCAAAUGCUGCAUAAUUCCAAACAAGCGCACCUCCUCCAAAUCAAACAAGAAAGGGAGAAACAAGCGAAACAGAGGGCCAGCUAUCAGGAUCAGUAUGAGAAGGCCAUGCGGCAGCGGGAGUUGGAUCGGGAUGUCUCUCAAGGAGCUGUUGAGCACAUGAUGCCUCCUGGUAUGGCAGGUGAGGACCCAGAAAGUGAUAGCAGGGUGUGCAGGCAGAGAGAACAGCUCAGGGAGUGGCUGCUCCAGCAACAGGAAGAGCAAGCCUGGGAAAAAGAAAGACAGAAGAUGGAAAAGUUGGAUUACGACAAGCUCAGGGUACACAUGGACAGCGUCGCUAUGGAGCUUGAGAACGCUGAGAAGGAGAGCAGGAAAAAAACGGCAGUUGAAACGACUAAGUUCAAUCAGACCAUGGCCGAAGAGAGGCAUCGCCAGGAGAGGGAACUCAAGGACAACCCCCUCCGAGAUCUGCUGCCAAGUAAGGUGGGCGCACCUGGUCUUUUUCCCAGCCGCGACCGGAGACCACCUGCUGAGAGCUGGCAGCAGAUGAAAAAGUUCUGGAACCUUCAAAUACAAGAUAAAAUGAUGAGCAAAUUAGAAGGGAUCCAAGAGGCGCAACACUACGACCGUUUCUGCUCCAAAACGGAACGUACGGCUCUGAUCGUGCAGAGGCAGCAGGAGCAGCAGAGGAAGCAGCUCCGACAACAACUGGACCACUGCAACAACAAAGCGGCUGAAUACGACAGACGCAACAGACCUGACAUUAAAAGAGGAGGAAUCGAUGACAGCUUCUUCUCCAAAUUCAAUACCUGCAGUCGAUAGAAGACCACUCAGGACGUGUUAAGAUUCCAAAUCGCUCAAAAAUGCAGUACCAUACAAACCAUCCACAAAUGUUCCGUUCAUCCAUAGUUGAACAUUCGAAGUGACAGAGUGAGCCCGUCUGUCAUGGCGUAGCCAGCAGUGACGUGUGGUGAGCUUGAUGGCUGGUGAGGCCUGACUCCUUUAAUAAUUAAAUGAUAAU